GCAAUCACUCCGUUUUCACGUGCCAACGUGCUUCCCGUUCUAAAAGAUAUCCUUACGAUCAACCCUGAGAUCAUCCUGUAUCUUGAGUCCUGGGCUUUGCCAUGGUGGAUGAUGCAAGAUGAGGCCACCCUUCGCAUGCACAACUGGUAGGGAAUAUUUGACGCCGCACACAUUGAUGACGGGGCGGCAUAUUUUGCCACCGCAGCCAAACUAUGGCGCGAUCAGGGUUUCCACGUUGGUUGGGUGGGAAUGAUCAACGAGCCUCUCGUCAAAGUGAAUCACGGUGGUUGGGUCGGCAUGGAGUUUUCUGCUGAAAACGCUGCCCAGGUGGCCAGGUUGAUGCGGCAAAAACUCGACGCCUACGGAAUGACGAGGGACAUCUCCAAAAUCGUGGGCUACGCACACAGUCAUGAUAGACCUGAUUACCCGAGGCCCUUGUUGGUACAGGCUGGCGGGGUCAUCGACAUCAUCUCAUGGCAUUGCUAUUCCGGGGAUGCCACCGCCUCCAUACGUGAAUUUCCUGGCGUUCAACACAUUAUGGGUGAAUGUACGCCCUAUACUGAAGCUCAACCCUCCUUACCGGAGUAUUGGGAAGAAGCCAAUGGAGUCAAGAAUCUAUUCUGGAACGGCAUCAACGACGGGUACUCUGCGGUCAUUGAGUGGAACAUUGUUUUGGAACGAAGCGACGGAACGUCCACGCAUUUCAAUAAAAGAGGAUGUCAUGAGUGUCGAGGCAUGAUAAACACAUCGGAGGAGACUGGGUUUGCGUCUCCGUGUGUUACCUCGUUCGAUUCGGAUUGGCGCCACUGUCCAAGGAGAGGGCUGUAUUAUGAGUCAGGCCUUCCUGGACCCAUCCGGCGUGACUCAUGUCGUCGUCCAUAAUCAGUGUGGAGGGUCCACGCUGCAGACUACGACCCUCGCGUAUGGGAGCCACACCUUCCGACUCGAUAACGGCAAGGGUUGGCCUGUCUCGAGCCCAGCCGAGCAUUUCGCGACGCAGCACGGCCUUUGCGAGUUUUCAACGGUGAAAACAUCAUGCGCACAGGGAGGGUUCUGGUGUUAGAGUCCACAUCA